AUGGAUGGAUUAAUUGAUAGAAGUUUUUUAAUUUUGGCAACAUUACUCGAUGCUCGAUAUAAAAACCAAGCAAAUAUUUUUAAUUCUGACCAAAGAAUUCGAAAUAAAACCCUUUUGUAUGCAACUAUAUUGCCAGAUUUAGAUCCCGAACAGAGACAAAAUUUACAAAAACAUGCAUUUGACGGGACAGAUGCCAUGUCAGAAUUUUUGACGGGUUUUAAUGAGAUUAAUUCUAUGGUCCAAACAAGUACAUCCAAUGUUGAAUAUUCGACAGUGGCAGAGGAAGUAGAAUCUUAUUUGGAGUCCUCAAUUGAAAGGAUUGGUGCUGACCCACUUGAAUACUGGAGAAAAGCAGCUAAUAGCAAUACUUACCCAAAUCUUCGAAAAUUGGCUAAAAUUUUUCUUUCUGCUCCCCCUUCAAGUUCAGAAUCAGAAAAAGUUGUUUCUCGCUUGGUCGAAAGCGAAGGUAUCGGAGGAGCCAGUUCUGCGAAUGGACAACUUGCUAAAGCCCAAAUAUUUUUGCAUUUUAAUUAUGAUAAUUAAUUUUUUAAAUCAAACUUUUAUUUU